AUGGACAUCAACGCAAGCGUCUCAAACACGACUAACAGUGGGCUUGAUGAACUUAAUGACACUAUGACGACAAGUGGAUUCGAACCCCCAGACACCCCAAACUACGGCUGGGUAGUCUUUCAGUUUGUCUUCUACGUGCUGGUGAUUGUGGCUGGGGUUCUAGGAAACGGUCUCAUCAUCCGCGUGUACUCCAUCAAGGCUCGGAGCGUCAAGACCACCACGGCUGUUCUCGUUAUGGCUCUGGCGCUGUCGGACAUGGCAGUCUGCGUGUUUCGGUUCCGUAAUCUGGGCAUCCUCCGGGCUCAUUUGACUCAGGAACCGAUCUCCCUCGCCAUCCUGUACCUUGAGAUCCCGGACAAGUUUGUCAUCGCUACCACUGUUGCUCUGACGGGUCUGAUCGCGUUCGACCGGUAUGACUGCGUCUGCCGCCCGCACAACCGUCUCCUGGCGUACAAGAGCGCACUGGGGGCAGCAGUGGGAUGCUUCGCGUUCUCCGUGCUUGCCAAUGCUCCACUGGUUGUUCACAUCCUGAUACCAUUCUUCCAGCCGUUGCUGAUCGCUUUGUUGACACCAACCUUCCAAGUGCUCGCCUUUUCGGUCACGUUCGUCCUGAUCGUCGUGUGCUACUCCAAAGUCUACCGUCGAAUUCGUCAGCAUGUAAGAGUGGGCGUUGGAAGCUCAGAGGCACGACCAAGGGUUGUCCUAAACGGCGACAAGAACAUGGAACCGCUGAAAAUGGCUCCGGCGCUGGCAUCGGCUCUGACUUCUACGUAUCCCACAGGAGACACGCGUGUUACUGCUCUGAGCACAUCUUCUGCUUAUGGCCCCAGUACCUCCACCUAUCAGACUGAUGCUGAACCGGUGCGCACCUGUGUGUCGACUUCGUUGACAGUCCCUGGAGUUGCCACUGAUACGAAGGCAUCAGCUUCUCCCGGAUCCCCCACCAAGGCCCACCAUCACCCUUCCGAGGGUCAGUCAUCCCACCGGGCUCCGCCUCAUCCCACACGCCGUCCAGACGGGCAACGUAGACGGCACUCCCUCCAGCGUAAGACCACCCGCAUGCUCUUCAUCACCAGCGUGGUCUUCAUACUGACCUGGUUACCCCAGGGUGUCUACGUGGGCACCCAGCUCGUCAGUGGGUACACCAGUGGCCCCCCGGUCUCCUCCGAUGCCGUCUUCAACCUCAAGCCCCUUCUGUUUUUUAACAACGUUAUCAACCCGCUCAUCUACGGCCUGGCUAACAGAAGAUUCCGUGAAGAUUGCUUAGACGUUCUAAAGAAGCUGAAGAAAUGUUUUUGUCGAAUUUAA